CCGUUGCCUUGGCAGGCGAGGUAGGUUCCGCCGCGUCGUCGGUUCCGCUCGGUCAGCGAUUCCGUCGAACCGCCCGCCUGUUAGCGCGGCUCCAGAAAUUCUCCGGCGUGUUAUAACGACCGGCGGCGGCGCCGACGUUAACCAGCAAACGGUAUCAACGCCACACACGCCGGGCUAGCCAGCUAGCUAGCUUGCUACCCGGGGCUAACUGAUUAGCCCGCCCGCCGCGUCUGAACGACGAACUGGCGUAAAUCGAUCGGCUAUCUCUCUCUCACGCGCUUCAGUAAGUCGGCGAAUCGACAACGAGUCGCAGCCCCUCGCGGCUGAUUAGCGGACGAUGUUAAAUCCCCUUUUUGUUUUGUUUUUUACACGACUUUUCUGUGAAUUGUAAGGGGGGCAACCCGCUGGCGCCUGUGUCCGGCGCCUGCUUAUAAAUAAAGCUUGUUUCGAGCCAACAUGGCGGCUCGUUGAGGCGGCAUGGGGGGUAGGAAAACGUCACAGAAGCCCGGUAUCUAACAACGCUCUGGAGGUUGGUGGCGCCAUGGAGGAGGAAGUUGCUGCUGCCGCCGCUGCAGCUGCCGCUGCUGCAGAGACCGAGGACCGCGACUAUGCAGCCGAGGCCAUGGCUGCAGACAUGGACCCUUGGAUUGUGUUUGACUCGAGAAAAACUCCAAGGGCGGAGUUCGACGGCUGGCUGGAGAGCAACAGGCCUUCGCACGUGUCCCGAUUCAGCAGCGGCGAGCGAGGCUCCGUGGGGUGGAUUGCUGUGUUCGGCCCCGACCACUGCCCCAACGUAGGGGACGUCGGCAGUCUCCAGGAGAACUGGGAGAGGCUGUUGGCCAGCGGGCGGCCCGUGAACUUCGAGAACGUGAAGGAACUGGCCCUGAACCACGGAGUGCUCUCUGGCAAGUGGCUGAUGAUCCUGGACUCCGGGUUCAAGUUGGACCGUGCUUGGGAGUGCGUGGCCAGAGCGACCCUAGAUGGCAAGAUCUCCCUUGUGAAAGUGAGCCCCCAGGACCUGAAGACGGAUGGCAAGCAGGUCAUUUGCGCGUACAACCAGAACUUUACGGAUGAGACAGAAGUCGUGGGGCUGGACACAGUCAUCCGUGCCACGGGGGUCAAGUGUCCUCUGUCUUACAAGCCAGAUGUGUACUCUUACCUGGGCAUAUACCGAAACAACCGCUGGAGUCUCUGCCCGACUAUUUACGAAAGCAAAUUUGACCUGGAGUGCAUACCAAGGCGUUCACUCAUUAUCAAUAAAAUCACUAAUCUAGAAGUCACAUAGACCUCUUGAGAAAAAGAGGGUUUGGGAUUGAGAUGAUAUUAGAAGCACUUGGCAAUGGUCAUGAUUAUGCAGUUGCUUGUACAGCAAGAGUCACUGAAUGGAAAUUCUGAUAACUGUCAGUAACUUUUUUGUAUUUGAUCUACUCUGUUCUUCCAGUUUGCCCUUAAGGGUCCCUGGUUCAAUUUUGUAUGUUCAUGCUGAAGAUACGAUUACUUAGAGACUUGAAAUUUUGUCACUUAAAUCUGUUCUACAUUUUGAUCUUGUGCCUAUGUGCCAGAAUACACUAGUUUCUGUUGAUGUAGCAGUGCCUGACAUGAUUUUUUUGUUCCAUUAUGUUUUAAGAAUUUUGAGACGUUUGUGUCUGACAUAUUUCUGAUUCUUUUGGCUCCAAUUUUUUGCUUUGCAUGGCGAGGUACCACAAAAAUACCAAAUAAAAGUUUGGUUUCGAAGCAGCUGUCUUGUGC